CAGAGGGGAAGAGGAAGGGAUAGAUAGAUAGAUAGAUAGAUAGAUAGAUAGAUAGAUAGACUGUUAAAUUAGCAAACUUCAAAAAUUUACUGUUUGUUAUGAACAAUUACCAUGAGCAAGGACACAGAUCUGAAAGAUUCUUGCACACCCCCUAAACACAGGGAGAGAAUAAUAAAUCAAUAAAAAGCAAAUAAAUAAAUAAAUAAUUUGAAUUUCACAACAAUAAAACCAACCAAGUGAUUAGGUCCUCAGUUCCAUGGCUCUUACUUUGCAGCUCAUUAUUUCAAUUCUCAUACUAUUCUGUCUUCUGUGCACCAGUAAAAUGCCGAAAAAAACCCCAAUGUUCACCGCCUAUAAACUUCCGUUGCUGGCCUUCCCUCUUUCUUUCUGUGCCGAUAUCGCACCCGCCAACAUGGUGAACGUUCCUAAGACCCGCCGUACAUUCUGCAAGAAAUGUGGCAAACACCAACCCCACAAAGUGACCCAGUACAAGAAGGGCAAAGAUUCUUUGUAUGCCCAAGGAAAGCGGCGUUAUGACAGGAAACAGAGUGGCUAUGGUGGGCAGACUAAGCCUAGUUUCCGCAAAAAGGCGAAAACUACAAAGAAGAUUGUGCUGAGACUAGAAUGUGUGGAGCCCAACUGCAGAUCUAAGAGGAUGCUGGCUAUUAAGAGAUGCAAGCAUUUUGAACUGGGUGGUGAUAAGAAGAGAAAGGGCCAAGUGAUCCAGUUCUAA